AUGGUCCGCAAGGUGCUGUUGGUUCUUUCUUGCGUGGUUUGGUUGGCGCUAGCAGUACAGACCGCACCAGCUCCGGUCUCAAGCGACGACAGCAGCAGCAGCAGCAGCAGCAGCAGUGCCGGGAGCGUACAAACCAGACUGACCGGAGACGAAAGUGAUCUGGAAGGGGCCGAAAGUGCCUAUCACGGUUUCGGUGGUGGCGGUUUUGGCCACGGAUUCGGUUUCCAAAAGUUCGGCGGCUUCGGUGGAUUUGGCCACCCGCACGGUUUCGGAGGUGGUGGUUUCGGUCAUGGGUUCGGUGUUGGGCACGGGUUCGGUGGCGGCGGAUUCAUUAUCGGCGGUGGCUUCAUCAAGGGCGGUGGAUUCUAUGGCAAGCGGAGGCGAUGA